AGACUAGAUUAUGGAAAUGGGAAGUGAAGAAGAAAAAUGGGAGAAGCUGGAUGCAGAGUUUGAUCACUUUGUGGUAGAUAUGAAGCCCUUUGUUCUAAAAUUAUCCCAUAGAUCAGAACGCCAGCGGUGUGCUCUUUGGAUUAGAAAACUGUGUGAGCCUUCGGGAACAGGUACAGGGCUGGUGGGCAGGAAGAACCGGAAUCUCUAUGCUAAGCUGUUGCUGCACAUGCUGAAGCGAGGCGUGCUGGAAGGCCCUUUUGCACAUCGACCUGAGCCAGGAACACUCAGAACUUUACCUUCAUACAUGUCCAUCUAUUUUGAUGAGCCAAAUUCUGCACGUGCAAAAGAGCCAAGUCCAGAGGGAUUACCAGAGUGGGUAGCGGGUGAGCUGGGGACAAGUGACCACGAAUUGCAGGACUCAUGGAGACUGUCUUCUGGGGAAGAUAGCACCUUGGUGCAGUCGCCAACUGAUACCCGCAGUAGGGAACAGUACACGGGGCAGCUCCGAAUGAGAUCCCACUCUGUGAGUCCAACCUAUGGAGAAGAUGGAAAAAAUGUCACCUCAAAGAUUUCUGAUAUUCAUUUGAAAAAAUCUGCUUGCUCUUUGGAUGGCAGUGAAAUUGAAGCUCGCCUUAAUAGUUGGAAUCUUGGGAUAGAAAAUCCUCGGUAUCUGAGACAGAAGCCAGUCCCAGUUUCUCUGAUGACUCCAAAAUUCAGCCUAAGAAAAUCCAGCAGUUUUCACGAAGAUCAUUUACUCUCCCAGAUGCAUGAGAAAGAGUUGGAUAUGAAGGCAAAAAUAGUGGAAGCUAAAUUUCAUGAAGAGAAGCUUAAACUCCAACAGAAACAUGACGCUGAUGUCCAGAAGAUUUUAGACAGAAAGAAUCAUGAACUAGAAGAACUGAAAACUUUAUACAAAGCCAAACAAAGCGAAACUGAAGAGACCAUUAGGAAGCUCGAAAAGAAAGUUCAGACCCUUAUCCGUGACUGUCAGCUUAUCAGAGAGACUAAAGAAAACCAGAUUGCAGAGCUUAAGAAGAUUUGUGAACAAAGUGCAGAAUCUCUGAAUAACGACUGGGAAAAGAAGCUUCAUAGUGCUGUAGCAGACAUGGAAAAGGAAAAGUUUGAUCUUCAAAAGAAACACACUGAAAAUAUUCAAGAAUUGCUUGAGGACACAAACGUUCGUCUGAAUAAGAUGGAGGGUGAAUACAUGGCACAAACACAGGUCACGAACCAGAUGGUCAAAGAGCUGGAGGCCCGUGUCCAGCAGCUGACUGGAGAAGCAGAGAACAGUAAUUUACAGAGGCAGAAAUUAAUUCAGGAAAAAGUGGAACUUGAAAGAUGUUACCAGAUAACGUGCAGUGAAUUACAAGAAGUAAAAGCAAGGCGUAACACACUGCAUAAGGAGAAAGAUCAGCUUGUAAACGAAUACGAGCAAAACAUGAAGCUGUUACAAGCCAAAUACGAUGCUGAUAUAAACCUUCUGAAGCAAGAACAUGCUCUUUCAGCUUCAAAGGCAUCUGGUUUGAAUGAAGAAUUAGAACAGACCAUCUGUUUAUUAAAAGAGAAGCUGCAGGAAUCAGAACAUCAAAACAUGCAACAACUAAAGGAUCAAGAAACUAAACUUCAAAUGGAGAAAAGCCAUCUAAAGCGCAACUAUGAAAAAAAGGUUCAUGACUUGCAGAAUGAACUUGAUAAAGAAAAAGAAGAUGCUCAAAAGAAAAUUCAUAAAUUUGAGGAGGCUUUGAAGGAAAAAGAGGAGCAGUUAACUCGUGUGACUGAAGUUCAGAGGCUGCAGGCCCAGCAGGCAGAUGCUGCCCUAGAAGAGUUUAAGCGGCAGGUGGAACUCAACUCAGAGAAAGUCUACGCCGAAAUGAAAGAGCAGAUGGAAAAAGUGGAAGCAGAUCUAAGUAGAUCCAAGUCUCUUCGUGAGAAACAAUCAAAAGACUUUCUGUGGCAGCUGGAAGAUGUCAAAAAAAGAUACGACCAGCAGAUAGUCGAGCUGAAGCUGGAGCAUGAACAAGAGAAGACGCACCUAUUACAGCAACAUAACUCAGAGAGAGAUAGUCUAGCCCGAGACCAUGAUCGGGAAAUGGAAAACCUGGAAAAACAGCUUCGCGCUGCCAAUAUGGAGCACGAAAACCAAAUUCAAGAGUUCAAGAGACGAGAUGCACAGGUUAUUGCUGACAUGGAGGCUCAAGUUCUCAAGCUGAGAGAAGAGCUGGUGAAUGUGAACUCACAGAGGAAACAGCAGCUGGUCGAGCUGGGUCUCCUUCGUGAGGAGGAAAAGCAAAGGGCCGCAAGGGACCAUGAGAAUGCUGUCAACAAGCUGAAGGCAGAGUCCGAGAAGAUGAAGCUGGAGCUGAGGAAGACCCAUGCUGCUGAGACAGAGAUGACACUGGAAAAGGCCCUGCAAGAUGAGCUGGACACCCGCUCAAAUCAGGUGCGAAGUGCAGAGAAAAAACUACAGCACAGAGAACUGGAGUCACAAGAACAGAUAACUUACAUAAGACAAGAAUAUGAAACAAAAUUCAAAGGGUUAAUGCCAGCAUCUCUAAGACAAGAGCUCGAAGACACCAUUUCCUCUCUAAAAUCUCAGGUGAACUUUCUACAGAAGAGAGCAUCUGUCCUUCAAGAAGAACUGACCACAUACCAAAACAGAAGGCUAGGCUCCCUGGAGGAGGUGAUGAUGUUUUCCCUGCUCACUGUCACUGCCUGGACACCUUCCUCCAAAGUGCUUGGGGCGUAG